AUGGAACACAACCAUGGCGCACAUCCGCAUUCGCACUCGCAUGUGGCGACGCCACCGACCCUCCUGGCCGGAUACCGGCUGGCGGCAGAGGCCAACUUUGGCCAGAGGCUGACCUACCGCAUCCCUUCAUCGCACGUUCAAUCUCGGGAUGAGCGACUACAGUGCAGCUACGGCGGUUGCAAGCACACGAGCGACGGGGAGGCGACGGGAGGCAGCGCGCCGACCGACGACAGAAAGAAGAAGUUGAUGGUGUGCGGCAGCUGCCGGGCCGUGCGGUACUGCUCUCGGGACUGCCAAGCUGCAGACUGGAAGGCGGGCCACCGCGCGCUCUGCACUUCACUGAAGGCGAAGGCGGCCGACGAACGACCGGGCGCUGGCCGAUCCGUAGAGAGAGUCGAAAGCAGGGACGAGUGCAGCGCGGUGGUGCAAACGAACGGAAAGCACGCGGAAGAGGAAGCGAAAGUGGAAGACGAAGACGAAGAAGUGGAAGACGACAACGCGGAAGGAGGGAGCGAUUCGCCGCCGCACCUGGUGGAGGUGUUGCAGAACCUGCAGAGCGUGUCCGUCACCAUCCUCCAUCAACGGGGAGAGUCGGCAGCGGCGCCCGAGGACGUGCGGGUGACCCUAUCCGACACGCAUCUGUGGUACUGCCCCAGUGCAUCGAGGAAUUACAAGAUUCCGUUGUACGGGGCGAAGGUGGAUGCGUCGAAGGCCACCAUGCAGCUCCUGCCCGAUCACGUGCUCAUCAAGAUACCCCUCCAAUCCGCCUCCAAUGCGUCCAUUCACAACGACAGUCAUCUGCUGGAGGCGCAGAAGCUGCCGUCGCUCGCUGAAGUGUUCUCGCUGCCGUCCACGUACUGGCUGGAGUUGGCCGACUUCUGGACCUGUGGCAACUGCUGUGCGUUUCGCCAGUUUCCCACCGAUGAGAUCAAGGCGGCACCGUCCGUGUGCUUCGUGUCGGACACCUUCCUGAUGCUCCAUUCGUCCCAAGUCGACUACGCCGUGCCGCCGCAAGGCGACAAGCAACUCGAGGGCCUGGUGUCGGCGGGAAGCGAGGUCGGGUGGUCGCCCAUCGCCUGCCGGGCCUGCCACACGCCUUUCGGGGUCAAGGAAAUCCCCCCCAUCGUACAAGAGCACGUGAGCCUGCGGCUGUUCACGUAUCGCAUCGCGAAUCGACCGUUCUCGCCGGCUCGUACUCGUACUGGCUCGCCUUCGUCGGAAGAGAACUACUUCCGGGCGGACACGCUGGAGCGAUUCGUGGCCAAGCACCUGCUGGCCAGCUCCUCCAUUCACGCCGUGUACCGAUUUUCGAUCAAGGCCUUCGAGUCGGAUAAGCCGGUGAUCUUCAUCAUCCUGAUGAACUGGCGAUCGUCCCUGGCCAGCAACCUGCCUCUGCUCCAAGACGUGGGGAGAGGUCUUGCGCCCAUUGCCAAGCUCCGCUACGUGGACUGCACGGCCGCAGGAGCGGAGGAGGACACCUUGGGGCUGACCGGCGGAUCGUCGGAAGUGCGGGCGGAGGAGGUGGUGCUGUGGCAAGCCGAGUGCGAGGAGCUGCUACGCAUUCUUCAGGAGAGGAACCGAACGUGUCUGCCGCCCUCCCUCGCACACUUUGGCGGCAUGCCCCUUUCCUUCCUUUACCACUAG